UCGGCGCACCUCGGAGCAUAAUAAACCCCCUGUGAGCGUGCUUAUGAAAUGUACUGUGAACGCUGACAGUUUCUAAGAUUUAAAAAAAAAAAGAAAAAGAAAAAGAAAGGGGAGAAUUGCGUCGCUCGAGGAGCGGAGAUGAAGUUCCCCGUGGACCUCCUGGCUGACGUCAGCCAGGUAGACCUGGAACGAUCCGCCCACAACUACAUGAACAGCCUCGUCUACAGCAACCCAGAUUCUCCAGAGCAGCUCACCAUCUCUGGAUCCACCAAGGUGACCAUAGACAUAGCCAGUGUUGGCUACACGCCUCUGUAUGGAUCCAGUGACAAACACAAGAUGCUGGCCCUCUUCUCGCCCAGCGACCCUCUCACCACAGUGGCUCUGUACCUGUCGGACCGCUGGUGGCCAGUGGAAGACAUUCUCAAGUCAUCUGACCCCGCUCGGGAUGGUGUUAUCGAGGUGCAGACCCCAGGAGAGAGGACAGUUUUAUACAUCCUGAAUCGGAUCAUCUACAGAACCAAGGAGAUGAGCUCCGACGAGCUUCCCUUCCUGUGCCAUGGAGAAAACGACUAUGCAAAAAUUCUCUGGAAGAACGGAGAAGCUGUUGGCUUCUACUCAGUCAAACCCUCAGGGACCUGUUGUAAUUCAUACUCAACCAGAAGCUACGAGCUGCCUGUGAUGGACUCCAUAUUUGUGAGGAAAAGUCAGAGAGGAAAAGGCUUUGGCCUCCAGAUGUUGGACGACUUUGUGCACAGCUUUGAAGACGACUGUCUGGGGCUGAGGUACCCCCUCACAAAGUCUAUGUACAAAGUGUGCGAGAAGUACCUGCGUCAGAAUCCAGAAGAUGCAGACCUGCUGUGGGAGGUGGAGGGCACCGGGGGGUUCAAACAGAGGAGCAACAUUGCCAACAAGAUCCAGGCCAUGAAUCUGAGCGCUGUUUCCCGGAACCUCUCGUUUACAGAGGAAUCCCAUCUGACUGUUGAAGUGACUGAAAACGAUGUGGUGAUGGAAGCAAUCACCACACAAAUAGAAGAGUCCCAAGCUAUGCAGUGCACAGUUGAAACCAUCGAGGAAGUCACUGUGCUGACAAUAUCCAAAGAGGCAGACGAUGUGCCUGUUGUCACUCGGGGGAGGAGCAGUGGCUCAAAACAAAGGAAGACUGAGGAAAAAGUCACAGAAGACAAGUCAGAAAAACUUAUCAGAAUCGAAGACAUUGAAGCAGAAACUCCCAGAGAGGUUUCCAUGGAACAAAAGACAGAACUGCACCUUUCACAAAUGGAACAAACCAAGGUUAUUUCCAAUGUUGUUGAUGAAAAAGAAUCUGGUGAGGAAGAUCAUGUCACAUUGUCUGAAAUCACAGGCACUGCUGUAGAUUCACAAGACCCAGAGGAGGCUGAUGAUACAUCAGCAAGUACAACCGAGGAGGCUCAAGGACAAGACGAUGCCUGUCCUCCGAACGGCUCUCCCUUGGAUGGAGCGAUCAAGGUUGAGAAUGUAGCAUCAGAAACCCAAGAGGCAGGGGAAGAGUGUGGAAAGGACGAAGACGUAAACCUGGAUACAGAAGGAAAAGAAGCUCAAACCGCUGUUGCUGAUUCAAAUUCAGAAGAAACAGAUACACAGCAAGACUCAGAAGACGUAGAGCCACACAGACAAAUACCUUGGUAAAGCAAAAAACAGGCAGCAGAGGGAAACCCCCAGACGAAAAUCUCACCGUCUCGCCAAAGAACAACAUUCAGAGGGAGGAAACUUUUGAGAGGAAGAACUGUUGAAAUCGCCGCCACGCCCAAGAGGAAAUAUACCAAACAAAGAAAGUCAGUUCAUGAAGACCUGGUGAUUUUGCCAACUGAAACUGGAGAAGAAGAGAAUGUAAAAACCUCUUUAAAAGAGGAUACAAUUGCAGAACAAAAGUCAUCAGAGGAAGAAAAACAAGAAGAUGAAAAGAGUUCACCAGAGCUUUCAGAUACAGCAGAGACAAAGGGAAACGAAGAUGAAAAAGUAACUGAUGGAUCUGAGACGGAACAAAAACAAGAGGCGACAGAAACAUUAGCAACACAGGAAGAUCAAGAAGCUUGUGAUGAUGAGGGUGAGCACACAGAAGAAGCUCAACUAGAACAACACUGCCCUGAAAAACAAGCAACAGAUAAACAAACGGAUGAAAGUCACCGAGCACAACAAAAGGAGGAUAUAACAAUGGAAGAGAAGUCAACAGAAAUACCUGACAUUGACGAAGUCACAUCUUCAAAGG